CCUCUACAGCACGAAAAGUGAAAAACAAUAAGUCUGUGUAGUGCUUAACGCGAAAUAUCUUUUCAACGGCAGUAAUCCCUCUCUACGGACGUUGGCUAUAGCAGAACGCCAGCAUGGCCACCACCAAAGCCGCCGUCACACCGCUCACCUCCCUACGUGUCUCAACCCACCAGAUUCCCGCACACAACCUCAUUCCAAACACAUCCAUCCAACACAAACCAGUUUUGAUUUACCAUUCCUGCUUCCAAAAUGCAUCCGCCUCCGCCAUCGAAGCACACCUCACCCGCAUCACCGUUGUAGCACCACAAUGGCGCUACACAAUGUACUCACAAACACACUACCACAGCACAACCCACGAAGUACUGUGCAUAGUACAUGGCAAAGCGAAGCUGUGUUUCGGUGGCGAGGACAAUCCCGGACGCGUGGAGCCGGUCGUUCAGAAGGGCGAUGUAGUUGUCGUGCCGGCGGGUGUGGGUCAUCGGUUAAUGAAGGAUUUGGAUGGCGGGUUUCAGAUGGUUGGGAGUUACCCCAGCGAUGCAAAAGUAUGGGAUAUGUGUUAUGGGAAAGAGGGUGAGGAGGAGAAGGUGGAUGGGAUCAGGGGGCUGGGGUGGUUCGAGAGGGACCCGGUCUUUGGGGAUGAGGGGCCGGUCUUGCGGGUUUGAUGGACUCUAGCUAUUGAUGCCUAAGAUGAAAUCGAUCAUACGAAAGAUGGAGGCGCGUGGAACAGGAUGACUUCAGGGCAAAGGUCGAAUGAAGAAGUCGUUUUAAAACUCGUCUGGGAGAAACGAAAUUUCAUGGUAUAUUCAGUGGUUAUGUUGGGUUGUUGCUAUAUUUCUUUCUUCCGGAUUGAUGGAGCCGCUAUCGUGGAUGCAGAUUCAUAAAAACUGAUCAGAAGGUGGACAGACGAAAC